AUGGAACAUUCUUCUUCGAGUUCAGGAAUCUAUUUUCAAGGACUUGGGCAGUCCCAGGUAGCUGGGAAUGUUCUAUUCAGUUCGAAAUUUGGGAACUCAUCUAAGUUAAUACCUGGAAAUGCAUGUUCCAACGGUGAUCUAGCAUCUGGGGAUGUCAGCAACACAGUUUUGAACAGCGUGGCAAGCUCCACUCCAAGUAUUGGGGCAAGUUCUUUGGUCACAGAUGCCAACUCAGGACUUUCGGGAGGUCCCCACUUACAGAGGAAUUCUAGCUUUAAUACAGAAUCUCAUAUGCGCUUGCCUGCAUCACCAUUGUCAUUCUCAUCUAACAAUAUUAGCAUUUCUGGCUCAUCGGUCAUGGAUGGAUCCUCUAUUGUGCAACAAAGCUUCAAUCAAGGCCUAUGCUCUCAACAGACUCAGAGAAGUCAGCAGCAUCACGGACCUUCCAGUGCCACUUCUUUGCCUACAUCACGGAUGGAGCAAGUUCAGCUUCUUGGUGAUCCAAGGGCUACUAGUUCAUAUAUUCAGGAUUCCAGUAAUAUGUAUCAGUUACAAAAGAAGCCUCGGUUGGAUAUUAAGCAGGAUAAUAUACUACAACAGCAGGUUUUUCAACAACUGCUUCAGAGACAAGAUCCCAUGAACCUACCAAACCCCAAUCCUCAUAUGCAAACUUUGAUUAAACAGCAGAGAUUUAGGCAACAGCAGCAACAGCUUCUACAGUCCAUGCCUCCAAUGCAGCGGGUUCAAUUGCUGCAGCAGGAGCAGCAGCAGCAGCAGUUGCAGUUAAGACAGCAGCUUCAACAACAGGGCAUGCAGCCUGCAUCUACCAUGAAUCGCCCCUACGAUGGUGGUGUAUGCUCUCGGCGGCUAAUGCAGUACUUGUAUCAUCAGAGACAGCGGCCUGCUGAUAACACUAUUGCCUAUUGGAAAAAGUUUGUGGCUGAGUAUUACUCCCAACAUGCAAAGAAGAGGUGGUGUCUGUCCUUGUAUGAUAACGUGGUGCAUCAUUCACUUGGAGUAUUUCCCCAGGCAGCUGUGGAUGCAUGGAAGUGCGAUAUUUGUGGUUCAAAAUCUGGGAGGGGAUUUGAGGCAACUUUUGAAGUGCUGCCCAGACUGAAUGAAAUCAAAUUUGGCAGUGGGGUCAUCGAUGAGCUUUUAUUUUUGGACUUACCUCGUGAAUGUAGAUUCCCUUCAGGAAUGUUGAUGUUGGAGUAUGCAAAAGCUGUUCAAGAAAGUGUAUAUGAGCAACUUCGUGUGGUUCGUGAGGGUCAGCUUCGUAUUAUUUUCACCUCUGACUUAAAGAUAUUGUCGUGGGAAUUUUGUGCAAGGCACCAUGAAGAACUUCUUCCCCGUAGAUUAGUCGUACCACAGGUGAAUCAAUUACUUCAGGUUGCUCAGAAAUGCCAAAGCACAAUUUCUGAAAAUGGACCAGAUGGGGUUUCUCAGCAAGAUUUACAAGCAAAUAGUGCUAUGAUUAUAACAGCUGAACGUCAGCUUGCUAGGAAUUUGGAUUUACAGUCACUCAAUGAUUUGGGAUUCUCCAAACGAUAUGUUCGAUGCCUCCAGGCAUCAGAGGUUGUCAACAGCAUGAAAGACCUUAUGGAGUUUUGCAGAGACCGAAGGGCGGGGCCUAUUGAGGGCUUGAAAACCUUUCCGCGACACGCCUCUGUGUCAAAGAUUCAGAUGCAGAAGAUGAAAGAAACAGAGCAGAUGGGGAGUCUUCAAGGUCUGCGAACUGAUCAGAGUACACUCAAUAAACUAAUGGCGUUGCAAGCUGGACUCAAUAGCCAAAUGAACAAUAACCAACAUAUGGUUGGUGGAGGAGCUUUGAGUGGCUCGGUCCAGGCUGCUCAUGCACUGACAAACUACCAAAAUUUGCUGAUGAGACAAAACUCAAUAAGCUCAACCCAAAAUUCACUUCAGCAUGAUGCUUUUUCUUUCAAUAAUUCUAAACAUGCUCUGACUUCAACACCUCCAGGGUCCACGUGUAUUUUGCCCGGAAGCAUGCAGAAUGUACCCAUAAUUGGCUUCUCGAGUUCCCAUGUAUCACAUCAACAGAACCUGCAUCAUUUGUUGAGUGGGAAUGGCGUACUGCAGCAAAAUCUGUCUGUACCCUCCCAAGGCAGUCAAGCUUUACAACAGCAAAUGAUCCAGAAACUGCUGCAGGAUAUGAGUAAUAACAAAAGUGGGAAAGGGAUUCCGCAGCAGUUUCAUUCCAUGCAGAGUGCAGGUGGCAAUGUAUAUGGGGACGGGCUUGAGUUUAGAAACAGCCCUUCACCAGCAAAUAAUCCAGCUGCAAAUGGGCAAGGCAAUGCUGUUGGACCCCCUACAAGUAGAAGCAAUAGUUUCAAAACUGCUUCAACUAGUGAGUCUGCUGCUACUGCCAGUAGUGGAUUCGGCAACAAAGAAUCAGAUUUUUCGCAAAACCUUCAUUUACCAGAAGAUAUGGUACGAGACCACGAGUUCACAGAAAAUGGAUUUUUUAGCAGUUAUCUCGAUGACAACAUGGACUAUAGCUGGAAAGUACGAGAAACAUAG